GCUGCAGGAGUGAUAAUUACACCAUUACAUCGAUACAAACUUGAAGUAACGGAAUAUUUAAUACAUUAUGAUCGUCAUUCGUAACACGGGGUUUAUUAGGCUCAUUAUUCAUUAGGAUAGUCGUGGGUCAAGGUUCAACCAUAUAUACAAGGAAUUUAUUUAAACCAACGCAUAUCAUUACGGAUAGAACAAAUCUAUGUAAAUUAUUUAAAUAUAUUGUUGAUCCCAAAACCAAUUCUUUGCACGUAAGUGGAAUGCUUUUAAAGCACAUUGUUUUUUUGGUAGUAGAAUGACAAAAAUACUUUUUAGUAAUAGAAAAUGAAGAUAUCAGUUUCAUUUCCUUAUCUACACAGAGCAGAGGAGCUGCAACGAAACGAUAAAGUGGAACUGUGAAAAGGCAGGCGUUUUAGAAUAUCAAGAUUCUUGCACGUAUCUUAUUAUCUAUCUUUCUACAUGGGUCUUCUUGUUUUGUUGUGUAGUUUGUUCUUUUUCAAGUGUAAUGUCAAUCUAAGAGAACAGCUUCCGUCGAGCACUAAUAUUAUCAUUCAGGUAUUGUAGUCAUUUUAAAACUCAAUGUAUUGGAAACAGUUCAAUGAUGUUGACUUUAUAUAUCGCUUUGUCGAGCAUUAUCUCCUCUAGUAAUAGUACAGUAUUAGGUAGAUAGUACAGUGUCUACCACUAGUAUUACCACUAGUAAUAGUAAUAGUACCUAAGUAGUUGCUUAAGAGAAACAUUGGAAUCACUAGCGCAAUAGACUGGUGAGAUCGUAAUAUGACUUUCUCUGAAAGGGUAUUUUCUUCCGACGCUUUCGUUACAUCCUUUAAAACCUAUCUUCCGUAUGUUUAUAAGGAAUCAAAAUGUUAAUUAAAAUCAUGUUUGUAUAUUCUUAUUGUAUAUAGCACGAUAUACAGUAUGACUUUACUGUUUAUUGUUUUAAUGUAUUUCUAGAACUAUCAACACAGUACUUUAAAUUCCAAAAUAUUUUGGUCCUAUCAUGGACAGCGAACCAUAUAAUCAAGACGACGUAAGUCUAUAUAAACACUUCGACAUAUAGAAUAGGUUUUUUGGUUCCAUAGGGUGACAAAGCUUUCCAUAUCGUUGACCGGUAUAAAGAAGAUAUAGCAAAUGGUGUGAUAUUAACUAAUGAUGACAUACAGAUACUGGGACGAGCUAACGAGUAUUUACGUAAUUUAGAUGAACAAAGUGGAAUGUACGAUAAUUAUGGAUAUGAUAUUGAAGGCUAUGAUAAAGAUGGCCGUAAUCGAGAAGGUUUCGACCGCAAUGGAUACAAUCGAGAUGGUUUUGAUACAUGUGGCUAUGAUCCUCAAGGUUUCGAUGGAGCUGGUUAUGAUAAAGAUGGUUAUGAUCCUCAAGGUUUCGAUGGAGCUGGUUAUAAUAAAGAUGGUUAUGAUCGUCAAGGCUUCGAUAGAGCUGGUUAUGAUCCUCAAGGUUUCGAUGGAGCUGGUUAUAAUAAAGAUGGUUAUGAUCGUCAAGGUUUCGAUAGAGCUGGUUAUAGUCAUCAUGCUUUUAAAGCUACAUAUUAA